CUUCCGGCGGAAGUGAGGCCCUGUGGUUCCGGCCGGCGUGAGUGAGCGAGUUUGGGUUUCUUUAAGAUGGCGGCUGCGGCGGGCUUGGAGUUCCAGCGUGCCCAGUCUCUGCUGAGCACCGACCGAGAGGCCUCCAUCGGCAUCCUCCACUCCAUCGUGAAGCGGGAUGUCCAAGAGAACGAUGAAGAGGCGGUGCAAGUCAAGGAGCAGAGCAUCCUGGAACUGGGGAGUCUCUUGGCCAAGACGGGACAGGCAGAAGAACUUGGAGGGCUUCUGAAGUAUGUGCGUCCUUUCUUGAACUCCAUCAGCAAGGCAAAAGCAGCCCGCCUGGUUAGAUCACUGCUAGACCUGUUCCUAGACAUGGAGGCAGCAACAGGACAAGAGGUUGACCUGUGUCUUGAAUGCAUUGAAUGGGCCAAAUCAGAGAAGAGGACAUUCCUGCGCCAAGCUCUGGAGGCAAGGCUGGUGUCUUUGUACUUUGACACUAAACGGUACCAAGAAGCAUUGCAGUUAGGUUCACAGCUUUUGCGGGAAUUGAAGAAGAUGGAUGACAAGGCUCUUUUAGUUGAAGUGCAGCUCCUAGAGAGCAAAACCUAUCAUGCCUUGAGCAACUUGCCAAAAGCAAGAGCAGCAUUAACCUCAGCCCGGACCACAGCCAAUGCAAUCUAUUGUCCACCCAAGUUGCAGGCAGCUUUGGAUAUGCAGUCAGGCAUCAUCCAUGCAGCGGAAGAAAAAGAUUGGAAGACAGCAUAUUCUUAUUUUUAUGAGGCGUUUGAGGGUUAUGAUUCCAUCGACAGCCCCAAAGCCAUCACAGCAUUGAAGUAUAUGCUGCUGUGCAAGAUCAUGCUGAACUUGCCUGAGGACGUGCAGGCAUUGGUGAGCGGGAAGCUUGCACUGCGGUAUGCGGGCAGACAGACAGAAGCGCUAAAAUGUGUGGCACAGGCCAGUAAAAAUCGAUCACUGGAUGACUUUAAAAAGGCUCUGAAAGAUUACAAAGUGGAACUCAGGGAUGACCCCAUCAUCAACACACAUUUGGGAAAACUCUAUGAUAACUUAUUGGAACAAAACCUGAUUAGGGUUAUUGAGCCUUUUUCCAGAGUGCAGAUUGAACACAUAUCUAGCCUUAUCAAGCUGUCCAAGGCGGAUGUGGAAAGGAAGCUCUCUCAGAUGAUACUGGACAAGAAAUUCCACGGGAUCCUUGACCAAGGUGAAGGCGUCUUGAUUAUUUUUGAUGAACCGCCUGUAGACAAAACAUAUGAAGCUGCGCUGGAGACCAUUCAGAAUAUGAGUAAAGUAGUGGAUUCAUUAUACAACAAAGCCAAGAAACUAACAUAGAGUUGGGAACUAUUGGCUAUUGCUUUGGCGAAAUGAUGCGUGAAACCUUUGGGGGGCGGGACAAAAGGCUAGAAGACUGGUGGGGAGAUUUUUUGUUCCCCACCCCCCCUUUUGCUCUACUUCUCACUUGGAAAGUUUUAAGACUUCCUCAUCUGAUCCAUCUUGUCUAUACGAUUGUGUGUUCCAGUUUCCAUGUAACCUUUUACCUGCUGAACUUUGUACUGGGAUGGGGAAAUAAUAAUGUUUAAAAAACUUUUUGGGGGGUGGGGGGAAGGAAGCAGUGGCAGCAUCCUAAUAAAAGGAGAGAGGCUGAUGCUACCUUUAAAAAAAUGCUUACCAUUUUCUUGAGGGUGGCAGAGGGGUAGGCUAAAUCUUUUUGUCAUGGUAGAAACCUGGCCACCAAAGACUGCUUCGUAUGUCCACAGAAUUCUUACACAGAAAGCAUUUCUUACAUACAUUGUAGCAUAACAUGAUGGUACACAAGUGUACAUGUACUGGAAACUGAUGGAAGACUGCAGCUUCUUGAUAUGUGUACAGAUAGUGGGGUUUCAGACAACCUCCCUCCAUAGUACUUUGGUCUGUGGAGGAAUUUUGUAAUCUGUGAAGCAGCAACUUAAAAUGCUAGUGCUAUGUUAACCUUGUGUUCAGAACUCAAGAGACAUCAGGCAUCCAAAGUGAGAUGAGUUUGCUAAUCCACACCAAUCUUUAUACUACCGAAGAGUCAGUUAAAAUAUUGUUGGCCUCCUUCAACUUAAAAAUCCUUCCUGUUCAAUUCUGAGGCCUUAGCAGACAGGCUCGUGCUUGAAUAUGCUUUUUCAUCAUCAUAAAAGGACAAGAGAUGGCCCCAGUCACUUUUAAACAGUGACUUUGAAGUUUUCUUCGUUCUGUACUGCAUGCUGUUUUUUUUUAAAGAAAGGCUAGAAUGUACUUGCCUUUUAACUUCACAAAAUAUGCUGUUGAAAGAACAAUUGAACUUCUGUUCCCUAAAGUUCACCUUUUUUAAAGAACUGGAAAUGGAUCUUACUUCCAGGUGGCUGUUUUGGGGCCAGAGAGAGGCCUUUUCACCACUUGGCCACCCUUUGAACAUCCAGAAUGAGAUGGAUGAGCUUUAGGGCAAGGCUGCACAUUACACCAGCCACAUGGAUGCUGUAAAAAACUGCAUUCCUGUGGUAAAUUCUUCCAUCCCUGUGAGGCCAUCUAGGAGGGUUUGCUAUGUGAUGGUGGUGUCAAAACAUGGAGUUUCCUCAACGCCACCAGCUGAUGGUGCAGAUCCGGAAGGAGAAGAUUGUGGUGUGAUAAGCACUCAUCAGCAGUUGGUGGUCCUAGUGCCAAAUUUGGCCUCUUGAAACUGUCAACUCAAGAGGCAAGUGUGUGUGUGUGUGUACGUAGAAAGCAGUGGUUAUGGGAUUUUUUGGCAAUCCACUCUUGUGGGAGGAGUGAAGGAGAGGAGAUCCUGGUCUACUAUUCCAUUACUUUCUCAAAGUGACCUUCCAGUUAAACUAGUUACUGACUAGACAUUUCAGCAGCAUGGGGGGAGAACUGUGAUGCUGGUUUCAUCGGCAUCCUUCUGGCAGGUGUAAAGUGUAGUUUGCCUUUUAAGACGAGUUCUGUGCAAAUCUAGGGGAACAUUGGGUGGUGUGCUUGUGCGGGAGAAGCAGGGUGUGAUUGACCCUGGCAUUAUGUCAUUGAAUGAUGAAGUUAUAUUUAAGGUGUUGCUGACAUCUGAAUAGUGUAACCUGCAUCACUGCUCUCAUCUUUCCUUUUGUUCUAUAAUUUCUUAUACUUGUUGUGGUAAAAUGACUCUUCUAUACCACAAAAUAUUUUUGCAUUCGCAUGAGAUCUCUUAACUGGCUGAAUGUUUUUAUUUUUCCUCAUGCUACUUUCCCUGAUUUUAUCCUCCCUGCACUGUAAUGUUCUUUAAGUUUCUCUCCAACUCAGUCAGUCCAGAAGUUCUGGGGAGGUAUUAAUUUUUUUGGUCUGGGGGGAGGGUUUUGGCACCAUGAAUUUCAAAUGUACAAAUGGUUCACGCUAACACACACCAGGUAUAUCUGAUGUUCAGAUGGCAUACAAAUAAAAAAUCUUCUUUUUUCAAAAAA